AUGGCAGACAAGAUCUCAAUCACUAUCUGCGGCGACGGCGGAUGUGAGGACUCGUACUCGGUCACCCGUACCGUCGAUGGUCUACCGUAUUUCCUGUCAAUCACCGACACCGCUGGCCAAGAAGAAUACCGCGGGCUCUGGACCGCGUCAACUUUGAAAUCGGACGCGUUCCUGCUUGUCUAUGAUAUAACGAACCCAUCCAGCCUGGCCACGCUGGACCAUUUCAUGGAGAUGAUCAAUAUGGAAGCCGAACAACGCGUCGAAGAUAAUGACCGCUUGCGCAAGGAGCUCGGCCCCAAGGGGGCGGGCGUUCAGAUCGGCCUGCCGCCGCCGGUCAAGAUUGUGGCCGGCAACAAAUGCGACUUGAAGGACGGGCGGGCGGUCACCGCGCGCGAUGGACUGGAGUAUGCGCGCAAGCAUGGCUGUGGGUUUAUGGAAACGAGUGCGCGUGAGAUGGUCAAUAUCGAGGAGACUUUUGCGCUAUUGGUCCGCCGCGUUGUCGAGGCGCGCCGGCUCCAUGAUUACCAGGGUACAACGCCUGCACGGCGGCCACCUUCACGCGCAGGACAGUCGAUGCACACCACAGCACUGCCGCCGGUGACAGCCCACGCCAGUGCCAAGGCUGCGCACGAGGCUCAGUCUCGCCUCAGUCGUUUCUUCGGACUGGGUCUGAGCCGAAAAUUGGCCGAGCCCGCUACUUCGAGCAAGACGGGAGCGACUGAGUCGUCCAAGCAGGAAGACUUGCGGACCGAGAAGGACGAGUACCAGCCGCGGAGAUCUUUUUUCCGGCGGCUGUGCUGUGGUGGGUGUGGGUGUGGGUGUUGUCGUUGA